AUGAACCAGGGUAAACACGCGGACAUCCCGGCGAAAGAACCACAGGGUCUUGUAGCGCUAACUUACAAGUACUAUAAAACACCCGAGACUUGCAAGCUCUUUUUUGACAAGGGAGAGGACAAGGGAUUAUUCGGCGUGACUCAUAUUGGUGCAAACCACCGCGAAAGGAACGAGGCCAAGACCGGCGAGCGACGGGCAACCACGGGCCAGACGCUGCUACUCCAGGACUCUUGCAUCGCCAACCUAAAAGUGGUAGAAAGAGCCCUCUGGGUGAACUGUAUCUAUAAUUUCGACACCGCAGCACAGCCCCAGGCACAUGUGGUUCAAGCAUCUACCGCUACAGCUCAGGAAAGCACGGGCAGUGUUUCGGGUCGCCCAACGGGGAUGGGUCCUAAAGUUGACGACGUAACCAAGUCCAGUGAGCCGAACCGUUACAAUCCGGCAGGAGCUUGCCGUCCAGCGCUAUCCUCGAGCGGCCAAGCGAGAGCCAAGCAUUUGCCAAGAUCCCAAGCCAGUGACAUCACCAGAAUGACCCGCAAGAAGUGUGGCGCAUUAACCAUGAAAUGA